AUGGUCCGGGUGUUUGGUAUCGGAUUAGGUCUGUUUUUAAUGAGUAUACUAUGGCCGACGGCAAUACUAUUAUACAUGUUUAGUCGUAGAGCUAAACCUCCGGUCACACAAUCGGACACUAGUGAUGAGAUUGUUGAGGUGGUGGACAGGAGGGCCCCCGACAUGAUACCGAAAUUAUCUGAACUCAACAUUAAGACUGUAAAGCCGUUUAUCCGAUGA